AUGUCUCAAUUUGCUUUCGGUGCCAACAAAUCCUUCAACCACCCGACCGGGCCGAGUCUCAAGCCGAAGAAUGGCCGCUGGCUUAUUCCCCUUAUGGCUACAAUUGGUCUCGGGUUCGGCGCAUACAACUACUACAUCGAAGCCAAGUCUCGUCGCGAAUAUGACCUAAAGGAAGAAGAGAAACGCCUGGCCAAAAACCAACAGCUCAUGGACGCAUACGGCGACAAGAACAGUCUUCACGAUGUUCAGCACGCCCUCGAAACCUACCACGCCCAAUGA